AUGACUGCUUCAGCCCCCACAGGUCUUGGCGCCUUAACGUGGCAUGGGGGUGACCGGUUCGGUAUAGCCUUGGCCACCUCUACCUGUACUCGUACAUCCCUCAGCGGGUACCUUUCGAAGAGAAACGACUAUCAGAGACCGAUUCGAGCUUGUACGAGUGACUCAGAGCUCCGAAUAGUCUGGCCAACAAAAGCUGGAGAUGGCGUCGACCAUUACAAGGAAGUAUCUGAGCCCAAAGCUAUCCUUGAUCAACAUGUCUACAAUGUCGGCAUAGACUCUACUCCAGGCUCCAUCAAGAUCAACCGUGGAGUCACCGUACGAAUUCUGAACACCAAAAACGGCCAAUCUAACCCUCUUCCCGAAACAUUGAGGACACUCACUGAUUACAGCUUAAGCAGCUUGCUUGAACUUUGGAGCAACAAAAUCCCGUGUAAACAGAGAACAAUGGGCGUUCGUCAAAUGAUAGUGACGAGAAAAGCUAGACAUCCUGUUCCUGAGGCUACCAGCAGCUCUUACUCCACUGAAGGAACUAGCACUGUUGAAGAGGAUUCAGGGCUACUACCGGACACGCUCAGUGAUCUUCUACGAGGCUUUCGUGGUCGGUACAACUUCUACUACGUCCCUUUGACUUUCCGCACUAGGACGAGCAUUGGUUAUGCUUUCGUUGAUUUUGGUACUCCCAGUGAUGCCUUGGAGUUCUAUGAUCAAUUCAAUGGUGUACAAAUCAGUGAUGAUAAACAUAUGGUUGUUGUAAGUGCCCAUGCUCAAGGUCUAGACGCUCAAAUAAGACUAUUACGCAACAGUCCUGUCAACACUAACACUUGCUCUGCAUUUAAGCCACGUUUGUUCGAGCUCGGGAGUGGUAAGGAAUUGGAUUUCCCACCGGCUCAAUUUGUCCCUAAAAAAGGUCAUUCGCAUCGUUCACGGCAUCGUCAGCGAAGGGCGUCGUCUUCGGCGGCUCGUGAGCGCCAAUUUUUUGGUUAUUCUUCUUUUCCUAAUGUCCAUUAA